AUGCUGACGCUGCCUGCACUUGAGUAUCCAUAUGAUGCGCUUGAGCCUGUGAUUGAUGAAGAGACGAUGCGGAUCCAUCAUACCAAGCAUCAUCAAGCAUAUAUCACCAACCUGCAGAAUGUGAUUGAAAGCAACAACCUUGAAGAAUCGGAGCUGAUGCAUUAUGUAAAGAACAGUCGUGGAAUCAAAAGUGUCCGAACAAGCAUAAGGAAGUCGAUAGCCAACUUUGCAGGAGGACACUACAACCAUAGCUUGUUCUGGAAGAUGAUGUGUCCAUCGGGCAAAAGCAAACCCAUAAGCCGUGCGCUUGGUGAGAUGAUUAAUAAGUCAUUUGGAUCGCACAAAAGUAUGGUUGAUCAGUUUAAUGAGAGUGCAGCCGCGCUUUUUGGAUCUGGAUGGGUCUGGCUUUGCUACAGGCCUGAAGAGGAUGGGCUUGUGGUGCGAAAGACAUACAACCAGGAUACAAUAUGCAUGAGCAACUCAAGAAUGAUCCCGAUACUUGGAUUGGAUGUGUGGGAGCAUGCAUACUAUCUGAAGUACAAAAGCUCGAGAAUUGAGUACAUAAGGAGCUGGUGGACUGUUGUGAAUUGGGGAUUUGCCAGCGAUUUGUUUGAGCAGACUGUUUUGAAUGGUAAGAAGAUGAUUGUUGAGUCGAAUGGUUCUAUUAAAUUUGUUUGA